AUGACGACCGCCUUCAUGUACAAAUCAAUGCAAUCACUCCGCUGGAACAUCGAACUCCAGCCCUGGGCCAGUCCACAACACUCCUUGGAGGACGAAGCUGCUCGCUUCCUGGUCUACAUCAGCACCACUCAGGUUGACUGCUCCGACGUGGCAGAGAGGGGGAUGACGGACCACCCGGAGGAAAUGCAGGACCCCUGGGCUGUCUGUUUGGACAACAGCUUCCAACUGGCUCGGCAGAUGCAGAGUCAACGAUGCCGCAUCUACUCAGUGGGGCUGCGGAGUGGAGACAGGAGCUUUGAGGAGGGGAUGUCCACAGCUGGCUGCGAGGUGCACUACCUGGAUCCGAGUGUGCGGGAGGCUCACCUUCAGCAGAGCCAGGGAUAUUGGCACCACCGCCUCGCCCUCGACUGGAGAGAGCCCAACCCCUCCAGCAAUGACCACCACCGAGCCGUCUCCACCAAGAAGCUGGCCGUCAUCAUGCAACGCUUCGGGCACAGCAAGAUUGACGUCCUCAAGGCAGACGUGGAAAGCGCGGAGUGGAAGAUCCUGGAGAACCUGAUCCUGGAGAAUGUCGUUGAGGACAUUGGCCAGCUGGUACUGGCGGUUCACCUUCACUGGGCUGGCUUCGAGGUCAGUGGGACUGACAGUGACGUAGUGCGGUAUUGGUACAGCCUCCUGAAGGAACUCGAGCUCAGGGGCUUCAAGCUUUUCCGCAGUUACAAGAACAUGAACAAGCCUCAAGUCUUCCUGCAAAGGGAGGCGUUCAAUGCCAGUAGCAGCUAUACUCUCAGCUGGGUCAACACGCAGUGGACACAACGGUGAACUCCAGACAUUGGGUACAUGUUGGUGCUUGGUGCCCAGUCCAAACCUUCCCUUCAACCAUCGACAAUCAACGUGGAUUCAAUCAGGGAGAGCAAACCAACCUCCCUUCCAUUGACUCCAUCUACACCUCACGCUGCCUCGGCAAGGCCAGCAACAUCAUCACGGACCAGUCGCACCCUGGCCACUCCCUCUUCUCCCCUCUCCCA